UCGUUAGUUUACAGACAGAUUUAAAAAAAUAAAUAAAAAUUGGUUCAAAAUAUAAAACGAAUUUUGGUUAAACAGACUGCAGAAAAAUGCAAAGCACUUUACACCUGAAGUCGAGAUGCUAAUUAAUUUUCUUCUUAACAAUGGUGUACAGCGAACAUUCAGCCUGAGCCACUGCAUCGGCUGCCUAUCACAUCGGGCCAAUCCCAGGAGCUUACGGACAACCCAGUCAGCUUUGAACAGCCGCCAGGUGCACGGCAGCAAAUGGAGACGCCAAAAUGCCGUCAACGAGCAGCGACGCAAGAUUAUACCGAAGCUGGUGUACUUGCACAAUCCAUGGAAGUAUCUGAUUACCAAGUUCAACAUGUGGAAGCUGAAGUGGCUCUGGGACUAUGGCUUCAAUGAGAGCGAGUUCGUUGAGGGCUCCAAGCAGGCGGCCAUUGUGAUGACGGACAUCAUACGGCAGCAAAGUGCUGAGAAGAUUAGCGAAUUUACAACGCCGGUGGGCUUCCAGCAGAUCACCCGAGACAUGCUACUAUCUCGCAACGAUUCGCGACUGCAGCUGGUGCGCUUCGAGCACGAGCAUCUGCGCCGGGCCAUACCCAUGAAGGUGGCCACGCGCCAGAACUAUGGCCGAAAGUAUGCGUUUAUCGAUAUGCUGUUUGUCGGUCUGCGGAACACGAAGGACUUCGACUCGCCCACCGAGCUGGUGGAGAUCAACGACAUUCUGCGGCGCAUGGAUAACGAGCUGAAGACGCCGUCAGAAGUUGUCUCGGUGCCACAUCGAAUUGUUUUUGCUGAGAUCUUUAUACGCUUUCGUCGUGACUACACAGCCGAGUGGCGGCGCAAGGAGGAGGCCUCUAGGAAUCCGACAGACACCUCCUCCAGCAACGACGACGGCCAUCACCAUGCCCAGCAGCCAGCGUCGACAACGUCACAGAACAUGAUGAUAGGGCGCGUGCUGUCGCGCCUUAACGAUCCUGGCUGGUCGGUGUCGUUCUACAAGAUUCUCACCUUCGAUGUGCUCAAUUUCGAUCCACAGCCGAAUCGGCGCUCAAAUGCUUAACUCCUUCUGCUUGCAUUUCAUUUCGAUUUCUGAAUAAAAUUUUGCGUAUUUAUUAA